AUGAGUCUCAAGUCAGACAUCGUCUGCGCCGUGGUCAUUACUUGGGUAGCGGCCUUGCUGGCGCAGAUCGCUCGUGUAUUCGCACGGCGCAUGACAAAAGUCCAAUGGUGGUGGGAUGACUACUUUUGCCUCGGCGCCUUUAUCGUUGGUAUUGGAUACAAUGUCGUGAUGAUCUACUGGACCGAAAACUGGUACCUUGGCUCGACGAUUCCCGAUACCGUGAGCGACGAAGAGUAUGAGAACAUCAAUCUCAACGCCCGGUUGAUGCAGUUCCUCAUCUCCCAGACAUACUCGUACUCGAUCGGCUUCUCCAAACUUUCCAUUCUUCUGUUCUACUGGCGCAUCUUCAAACAAUCCGCAAUCCGAAUCCCAAUCCAAAUUCUGCUUGGUCUUAGUAUAUCAUGGCUUAUUCUUAGGACGUUUAUGGUUACGUUCCAUUGUCUUCCUGUUCAGGCCUACUGGGAUAAGAGUAUCGAAGGUGCUGUAUGUAAGAUCAACGAUUCUCAGUUCUUCUUCGGUACCUGUCUUACCCAUUUUGCUCUUGACAUUGUUAUCUUGGCCCUGCCGAUUAUCGAAGUGUUCAAGCUUCGACUUCGAAUGGGACAAAAGAUUGCCAUCACUGCUCUUUUCGUUAUCGGUUUCGUUGUCUGUCUUGCGUCAACAUUCGUCGUGGUUGAAUCGAUUAGAUAUGAUGUCAACACAACUCAAAUGCCACGAGACAUGGCUCGAAACGACAUGUGGGGUGUUGUCGAAAUUAACAUCGCCAUUGUCUCUGGAUGCUUUCCUCUUCUACGACCCAUCUUCACCAAGAUUCUUCCCAAAAGAUUCCUCAGCUCUGCUGGAAGCAGUCAUCCAAUCAGCCGAACUACGAACGCUAUACGUCUUACAACUAUCAACCGCACCAUCAAAGAAAGGGAAGCAGACGACAACAGCUCUACGCAAGAACUGGCCGAUCCAGAGCGAGGAAUUCACGCCGACUUCGAAAUUAUCGAUAACAAGGAGGGUCCUCGGACUUACAUCUCCAGUCGUAACACUGAAUCAUUGCACUCAAGGGAGCAGGACAUGUCCGGUAUUUAUGUGCGAAACGAUGUUGUGCAAGAGGUCGAAGAAUCAAACUAUCCGUAUUCAAUGAAGCGGUAG